GCGCACAUGCUUCCUCCUCCUCCUCUUUUUUUCCUCCUCCUCCUCCAUCAUCAUCAUCAUCCUCGUCAUCAUCAUCAUCAGUGCGCCGCUGCAGCAGUGCUUCAAAACCUCCAGCAGAAGCUCUACCUUCAACUUUCUUUUCUCACACUGCGGAUUCUGCUUCUUUUUGGGGUUCUUCUUCUCUUGUUGUUUUUGUUUUUUAACUCGAGCAGGACGUGGCUGAUUCCAUAUUGAUAUUAUUUGCGCAGGAGGACACGCACAAGACUUUUGCACUCUUUAGGAGCAAGGUGCCUACAAAAAGAAGUGUGUGUGUUUGUGUGCGUGUGUGUGUGUGUUAGAGAGAGUGUGUGACCAAGAGAGGACAGCAGAUCCACGCGUGGAGCGCCAUCCAUUUUCAACAUUUUCUCCAACUUAAACCCCCAGACGAACAUUAGCAUGAUGUCGUAUCUAAAGCAACCACCUUACACAGUCAAUGGCCUCAGCUUAACCACUUCCGGGAUGGACCUCUUACAUCCGUCCGUGGGGUAUCCAGCGACGCCACGGAAGCAAAGAAGAGAGAGGACUACUUUUACGCGCGCACAGCUCGACGUCUUGGAAGCAUUGUUCGCCAAAACUAGGUAUCCGGACAUAUUCAUGCGCGAAGAAGUGGCGCUGAAAAUCAAUCUACCUGAGUCCCGUGUACAGGUGUGGUUCAAGAACCGGCGCGCCAAGUGUCGCCAGCAGCAGCAGCAGCAGCAGAACGGAGGCCAGAACAAGGCUCGACCGGCCAAAAAGAAAAGUUCCCCCACCAGAGAAGUGAGCUCCGAGAGCGGCGCCAGCGGUCAGUUCACUCCCCCCACCAGCACCACCACAGUCCCGGCCAUCUCCACCAGCACGGCGCCGGUGUCCAUCUGGAGCCCGGCCUCCAUCUCCCCGCUCUCGGACCCGCUGUCUACCUCGUCGUCGUGCAUGCAGAGGUCGUACCCCAUGACGUACACGCAGGCGUCCGGGUACGGUCAGAGCUACGCGGGCUCCACGUCCUACUUCGGCGGCAUGGACUGCGGCUCUUACCUCACUCCCAUGCAUCACCAGUUGUCCGGGCCGGGCUCGACCCUCAGUCCGAUGAGCACAAACGCGGUGACCGGCCACCUCAACCAGUCCCCGGCGUCCCUCUCCACGCAGGGUUACGGCACAUCCGGCCUGGGCUUCAACUCCACGGCGGACUGCCUGGAUUAUAAGGACCAAGCUGCAUCGUGGAAGCUGAACUUCAAUGCAGAUUGCUUGGAUUAUAAGGAUCAGACCUCAUCGUGGAAAUUCCAGGUCCUGUGAAGACAACACAGACCCUCAGUAAAACUCUCUGGGGAGGGGGGUCUUCGCAGAUUUUUUUUUUUAUAUAAUUUUUUUUUUUGGGGAGAGGAGAGGUUUAAUUUAUUUUAGCACUGACAAAGAGAUUUUCUUUUUCUCAUCUGUAGACCCUCACCCAUGUCCGUCAGUGCUUCAAACACCUGUUGAGGACACAUUUCCACCUGCAAGGCCACGGAACUAUAAUACCGGACCCACGAUGGACACACAACUUCCUUUAAUUAAGCUUCUUUGUUCCGCAAUGAUGAGGAUGCUGUGUGGGCGUGGAUGCACUACUUUAUUUAAAAAAAAUGAAGUGUUUAUAAAGAAUCGAUAUGUAGUUUCUAAGAGACAAUCAGUGUGUGUCUUAUAUAAAUGGUACAUGUGUGUUUUUUUUUUAUCUGUGCUAGCCUUCGAUACUGUGAUCUGUUGUAUUGUAUGCAAUUUGUGAGACCCUCCUCGCAUCACAUUCUCUU